UUUUUUUGCUCCACAGGAUAAAUGCUCUGACAAAUAUAUUUGUUUUCGUGGGAACAUUAUGGAAUACUCGCGGUCUUUUACUCGCUGCUCGAAGAUGGAGAAAAGUAAUCGCCGAAUGAUUCGGUCGUGAUCGAUCGCCGUUCGUCAGCGCAGCGCAGCAACAAGUCGGCUCGUACUAUAUAUCAUUUUUAAUCAAUCAAUUUUCAUUAAUCCUUUUUCAACCUUUUAAGAGACAUAUGAGGGAUAAGGUUCAAGUGGAUUUGAAUCUGGGAUCUGCCGACUAUCAGUCAGCGACUCUCGACGUAGAGCCACACAUCGCCCCAAGUUGCCUCGUUACAGCGCUUGUAAUUAUGAUUUCUCACGGCAAGUAGCGAGAACAACAUGUCCGCUGUGUUCCGAAUCGGUGUUGUCCGUGGCGAUCGUUUGUUUACUAGCGGUACGAUAUGAUAAUACGCGCGCGACAUACACGGCCUUUUGUCUAGCUGUGCUAUACUAUGAAUGAAUUACCGUCUCGUGGAGACGCGAUACGCACACCGCUUCUGUCUGCCUUUUCUUCUUCAAACAUCUCUGACACGGAGAAACCCUUGUACGGGUUAAGGGUUCGAGAGCGAACCUAAUAUCAGCUGCUUCACGCGUCACCCCAUAAACGGCCUUAAAGACGAGCACGAUGCAUCUUCGCGCAGUGACGCCGUACGACGAUCUUACGCGUACGAAAUUCUCGUAUGUGCAUUGAAUGAGGAUGACGGAACCGGAACUUUGCCGGCUGUGUGCCGAGACCAAGAAGAAUCUCAUUGGGAUUUACGAAGCCGAGGGACAGAAACUCGCGAUCGAAGCUAAGAUUGCAAAGUGUUUGCAGAUACAGGUUCUAAUAACAGACAGCUUGCCACUCACGGUUUGCAUAGAUUGUUGUGAUUUAUUGAAUCAAUGCAGCGAGUUUUUUGAGAAGACCAAUAAAGCACAAAUAUCGCUAAAACAAUUAUUAAUAAAUUUAAAGCCUGAACCACAACCAAUAGAACCAAAUAUAGAUUACGUGGAAGAGACUAUAGAGUUUCCAAAGGAGGAUGAAGUCAACAACAGAGAAGAGAUAGCUGAGCGCCAAUCAGCUGGCAAUUAUAUUAAUGACACAGUCAAUGUCUUGAAUACUUACAAUUUUAUUGAAGGAUGUAAUAAAAGUGACAACUCCAAAACUCGGGAAACGCAAGAUAACGCAAAACAGAAGAAGUGUAAGAUACAGAUAAAGAAGAGUUCCCCUAAACAAGCUAAAAAAAGAUUAAAGAGGAGAAACCAGAUGCAAAGAAUGGAAGAAGAAUCCGAGCUCCAUAUGUCUUCCCAAAUAGACAAGGAACAGAAUGAUACAGCUGUAAAAAAUAAUUUGAAGAUUGUAGAUAAUUAUAUACCUGAGACAGAAUCUAAUUUAGAAAUGAGAGAAACGCGAACAAUGGAAACAACUAAGCAUGGAAGGAAAAAGACAGAAGGUUUAGAGAGAUAUCCAUGGCUGUGUACAGAUUGCAAUGACAAAUUACCAAGUCUAGAAGCAUUAGAGGAACACCAUGAAACAGUGCAUAAUCAAAAAGCCAAGUAUAUGUGUGUGCAAUGUUGUAAGGUCUAUGAUAAAUACUAUGGAUUUCUUACUCAUGUUAAAAGACACAAGAAUAAGGCAAAGUUUAGCUGUGAAGACUGUGGAAAAUCGUUUGUACAUAAAAAAGUAUUAGACUCUCAUAAGACAAUUCACAGUGAAGAACGGCCAUUUGUAUGCCAAACUUGUGGUAAAGCUUUUAGACAGCAAAGUGCUUUAUAUAUCCAUAAUCGAUGCCAUUUACCCGAUACUGUGAAAAACAGAUAUCCAUGUGAUCAAUGUGAUAAGAGAUUUUCUACAAAACCAAAUCUGGUAACGCACAAACGUAUUCAUUCUGGUGUCAGAAAUUUUACAUGUGAUCAAUGUGGCAAGAGUUUUAUACAGAAAGGAAAUUUAGAAGCCCAUUUUUUAACUCAUUCAAUAGAUAAGCCAUAUAGCUGCUCUCAAUGUCCAAAAGCAUUUAAAACACCCUUGCAAUUGAAGAAACAUGAGACAGUGCAUACAGGUGCCAAGCCGCAUCAGUGCGAUGUGUGUGGAAGAACCUUUAGGGAGAAAGGAACUUUAAGGGAACAUCACAGAAUACAUACCGGCGCUAUGCCAUUUACUUGUGAAUUUUGCGGGAAACGCUUCCGUUUCAAAGGGAUAUUAACUACACAUAGGCGACAGCAUACGGGAGAGCGUCCGUACAGUUGUUUAGAAUGUCAGCACCACUUUACAAAUUGGCCAAAUUACAAUAAGCAUAUGAAGCGUCGACAUGGAAUCAAUACUUCUCACACUAAACAUUUAACAAACAAUCAGCAGUUGCAACAGACGGCAGAACAAACACAGCCUCUCGAGGAAGAAGAUCCGCUCUCUGUAUCUCAAACAGAAUCUACGACAGCGCAAGUAAUACAAGCAGUUCCUUACGCUUCAACAUCACAACCCAUAGUUAUCCAAGCUAUUCCAACGACUACUAUUCAGACUUUCCAAACGGACGUCAAUGGUACUGUUCAAGAAACUGUAUUCAGAGAACGAAACACGACUUAUUUCAAUGCAGUACCGGCCGCGCUCCAAAACUUUUUGCCAACAAACUUGCCGUAUAAUUUUUAUAGCAUUUCAAAUGUUACGGAAAAUGAUUUAAUUCAACAUAGAUAAAAUUGUUUUUGAAAACCAAGCUUAAAUAAAGACAACUGUAAAUUAAUCGUGUACGACGGUUAUAGAAUGGGUUUCAAGAAUGUCACUCAUUGCAUUUUCGAUAUGGACGGUUUGUUAUUGGAUACAGAAUCGCUGUACACAAUAGCAUACAAUCGUGUCAUUCAAGAGUAUGGGAAAACGUUUACUUGGGAACACAAGGCAAAAAUCAUGGGUUUAAAAUGCACUGAAGGCGUGCAAACUAUAAUAAAUAUGUUACAGCUGCCAAUUACAUUGCAAAUGUUUGAGGACAAGCUCGCUUCUAUAUACCAAGAAAUAUUUCCUCAAUGUAACCUUAUGCCAGGUGCGGAAAGACUGCUGCUGCAUCUUAAAAAAAAUAAUAUACCUAUUGCACUAGCUACGAGUUCAAGCCAAGAGAGUAGCGAUCUGAAAACCCAGAAAUGGAAACACAUAUUUAACUUAUUUAAUCAUAAAGUAUAUGGUGGUUCUGACCCAGAAGUUUUGCAUGGGAAACCAAGUCCAGAUAUAUUUUUGAUUGCUGCAAAACGUUUUCCCGAUAAUCCUGAUCCUUUAAAGUGUCUAGUCUUUGAAGAUUCACCAAAUGGAGUGCAGGGUGCACUUGCUGCUAAAAUGCAAGUGGUAAUGGUACCGGAUCCUCAGCUUCCUAAAGACCUCACUAAGGAUGCUACAUUGGUCUUAAAAAGUCUGGAAGACUUUAAGCCAGAGGAUUUUGGAUUACCACCAUUUGUAGACUGAGAUUAUUUAUUUUAGUUCACCAAAAAGAAUAUAGAAAUGAAUUAGAUUUAAUUUUAUGUAACUAAAGCCAGAUAUAGGCAUAAUUAUUGACAAGAAAGAUAAAAGCCUGCAGGCAGGUUUUCGUCAAUGCAGAUGUGAAAUCUGACUGAUGAACAUAGAUUUUAUUAAAAAAAAAAAGAAAAAAUUAUAAAAGUAUUAUG